AUGCUAAUAAAGGAAAAUGUACAGAUCAAACCCCGCAUUAACAAAGCCCAAACCGGCGUUGAAACCGCCGGCGUCAAACAUUCCCUCAACCCCUUCGACGAGCUCUCCAUCGAAGAAGCCGUCCGCCUGCGCGAACGCAAAGGCCCCCUCUCCGUUGACAACAUCCUCGCCCUCUCCGCCGGCGGCCCCAAAUGCGCCGACACUCUGCGCACCGCGAUGGCCAUGGGCGCCGACCGCGCCUUCCACAUCGACGUCGCUGAGGGCAACGACGGCCCGGAGCCGCUGACCGUCGCCAAGAUGCUCAAGGGUGUUGUCGAGAAGGAGAACAUUAACCUGGUGCUGCUGGGGAAGCAGGCGAUUGAUGGGGACCAGGGACAGACGGGGCAGAUGCUUGCGGGGUUGCUGGGGUGGCCACAGGCGACGCAGGCAAGCAAGGUUGAUGUGAAGGAUGGGGAGGGGACGGUGGAGGUCGUCCAUGAGGUUGAUGGGGGUACGGAGACGCUGAAGGCGAAGUUGCCGAUGGUUAUUACUACGGAUUUGAGAUUGAAUGAGCCGCGGUAUGCGAGCUUGCCGAAUAUCAUGAAGGCUAAGAAGAAGCCGUUGGAGAAGAAGACGCUGGCCGACUUUGGGGUUGAGGAUCAGCGGAGAUUGAAGACGCUGAAGGUUACUGAACCCCCGCCGCGCCAGGGAGGCGGCAAGGUCGAAGACGUGGGCGGCUUGGUCUCCAAGCUGAAGGAACUCGGCGCUCUGUAA